AUGGACUUGAAAGUCUGGCAGCGAGCUGCUGCGGAUAUGAAUCCACCGGGUGUACCCAACUCUUUUCGUCACGCCAAGAACCAGCAAAACAUUGCUAGUAUUUUACUUCGUCGAGAAUUUGGUGGCGCUAGACGGCAAAAACCCGUACGAUCAGUUGGAGAAGAUCGAGAAGAACAUUUUUGGGCUGAGAGUGAAAGUGCUUUUAAGCAUCAAAGUCGAUAUUUUGAACUACCACAGACGACCAAGUCUACAAUUUCUAUUGCAAUUAGUCCGGAUGGGAAAACGUUUGCUUCGACACAUGGAGAUCAUACAGUCAAGAUUGUUUGUAUUGAAACGGGAAAAGUCAUUCAGACACUGGUAGGCCAUCCGCGCACUCCGUGGAGUGUCAAGUUCCACCCCACGGAUCCACGCUACGUGGCGUCGGGAUGUCUAGGAUUUCAAGUUCGGUUUUGGGAUAUUGAGACUGGCCGCUGUCUCUAUGUUUCUACGCUUCGCCAUGCUAUCAUCUCAAUUUCCUUUCACCCAUCUGGCGACAUUUUAGCAAUUGCUAGUGGAACGUGCGUGUACACGUGGGACUAUCAGCACACAUGCCCACGCAUUGCGAUGUUUAGCUACCAAACGUUACGCUCCGUUACAUUUUUGCCGGAUCCGUCUAAAAUUAUGGUUGGCGAAGCUAAUGAGCGCUAUGUGCGACCACAAGGCCAAGCCCCACCUUCUGAUCUUACUGUAACAUUGACUAUGUGGGACUUUGAUCCGUCAUGGGCAUUAUCACCCGAGCCUUUACUGACGAAGAAAGCGAUGAAUAACAGUCGCGUCAUUCUUUCGCACGCUCUCAUCUACAAUGACGGCGGCUUUGACAUUUCGCGCUGUGGGCAGUACUUGGCGAUAUGUGCUGACUUUUCACUGCGACAAGCUGAAAAAGAGGUGGAGAUGGAAGCAGAAAACGAAGCUACGACAGAUUUGGAAACCAUUCUUUCUUCUGUACCAGCAACACAAGAGGUGACAGGUGGUGGUGCUACAAGUCCUAGUGAAGAUGUGAACGACGUAUCUGUAGCAAACCCGCAAGCUACUGCGUCGAAUGAAAGCAGCUCUUCAUCUGGUGCUGUAUCACGCACAACACGAGGGACUUUCGUUGCCUCGCAGGCACUACCAGCGACAAUGCCGUUGUCUUUUCCGAUUCAUCCCCCGCCACCACGGCUUGUGCCCAUUUCUGGCCUGCAUACGGGUGCCCCGAAUAUGCUGGCAGCACUACAGUCAGCAGCUGCAGAUUUAUCUCUUACCAUGGAUCAGUACAUGAACCAGCAAAUACGACGAGUGAGACCUCGGCUACAUCCACCGCAUAGCAUCCAGCGCUAUACUACUACACUUAUGCCAGCACGAAGCACAGCAGCUCCCGCAGCUGUCCCCCAACAUAGAUAUUCGCAGAUCCGACCCAAUAUCGCGCUUAGCCGGACACGGUUCACUAGGAACCAGCGCAACCGUCGGGGGCAAUUGUCGUCCGAGAAUCAGUCAACUUGGCUAGCACUGAUAUCCCUCGAUCCGGAACAGCUUGGUCGUGUCAUCCAGACUUGCCAUUUAGCUGAGACUACGGCGGGUGGCGUUACUUCGGUAAAAAUCUCGCCAACGUCAGCGUACGUACUGCUCGGUUACGGUGUUCGAGAUCGUAUACAACGUGAGACGGAGUUCCCUGUUCAUCGUGUGACUCGUAUUUAUCGGUGGGAAGACAUGGCGCUGCUAUCGCACGUAGAGAGCGCAAUGGACGAUGUAAAUAUUGCGCUAUUCAGUCCGAUAUGCGGUGGCGGUUUCCUGUAUGGAACCAAGCAGGGCAAGCUUCGAGUCUGUAAUACCUUUCGUGGUGACUUCUACGACGAAGAAAAUUGCAACGUAUUAGAUGGUCCACGUCGCUGUCAUUAUGAUCAGAAUGUUGAUGGUGACGACGAAAAUGACGAUGAUGAAGACGCUGACUUGGGUGAGGAAGGCGACGAGGAGGAUGAUGACGAAGACGAAGACGAGGAAGGUGCCGAUGAUGAUGAAGAAGAUAUGGAUGGUGACGAGGAGGAAGGUGACGGUGAGGAAAACGAAGAUGAGGACGCUGAUAUGAUCGAGUAA